UAGAGUGAGUGAGUGUGUGUGUGAGUGAGUGAGUGAGUGUGUGUGUGUGUGUGUGUGAGAGAGAGAGAAUUUGUUGUAAGUCUCUGAAUUCAUAUGAAUAUUGCAAAUAUUUAUAUACUGUUUUUCAAUAAAAGUUCCCAAAGUGGCUUCCAUAGAUAUAAAUAAAAAGAUAAAAUGGCUCCCUGUCACCAAAGGGCUCACAACUAUCGAAAAAAGAAACAUAAAACAGCCACCAGCAACAGCCACUGGAGGGAUGCUGUCUUGGGGCUGGAUAGGGCCAGUUGCUCUCCCCCUGUUAAAUACCAGAGAAUCGCCACUUUAAAAAGGUGCCUCCUUGCUCACUUAGUAGGGGAUAAUAUUUUUUAAAAUUAAAAUAUUUUAGAUCAAGAUCUGGAUGCGGCAAGUGUGUCCAGAUGGUCUUGAUGGCCUCUAACCAGUUGGCCACCGGGCUCCAAGCUGGAGGAGAUCUCUCUUGCUCUCCGCUGGGGAUAUCGGGUGUCUUGUUAUGCUGAGAAGCCCUGCGGUCUGGGAUGGAACAAUGGCCUGAGUGGAAUUUCCCAGGCCUGUGGCCUCCUGCACCGAGCAAUGUCUGGCAUUCCUAUUUUUGGUUUCCGAGUGUUCAUAUAAGCCUGUCGCUUCGCGUCCAAAUUAGACGGGUGGUCAGCCUCUCUUCGCUGGACAUCGUUGGCGUGUGAGGAUGGGCAUCUAUGAAGAAAGAGGGGAACGGGUGGAACCCAAGAGGAGACCCUUUAGCCAGAGAACCAGAUAUGCAACUACUCCGAGUGGAAAGCAAGUGGAGCUACUUUAUGCCAUUGGCGGAUUAAGUCCCGGUGGCAGCGUCUGUGGCGUGGAGUGUUACAACCCCCUGGACCACGAGUGGAAAGUGCUCGGAUCCGUCUCGAGGCGUCGGUGCGGCGUCGGAGUGGCCCCCCUGGACGGCUCCAUCUACGUGGUGGGCGGCCAUGAUGGCGUGGUGUGCCUCAGCACGGUGGAAAGGUACGAACCCGGCGCCAAUGAGUGGAAGCGAGACGUGGCCCCACUCAGUGAACCCAAAGAAGGCGUGGCCGUGGCCGCACUGGGAGGCUACCUGUACUGCGUCGGGGGCUAUGACGGACUGCUGUGUCUCAGCACCACGGAGAGGUACGACCCUCUGCUAAACAGAUGGCGCAAGAUGGCACCCAUGAAUUGCCGACGGAGGGGCCUUGGCCUGGCCGUGCUGGACGGUUACCUGUACGCCGUCGGUGGAUCUGAUGGCCGUUCUCCACUAUAUUCAGUGGAGCGUUACGACCCUCUGGAAGACAGGUGGACCCCCUGCCCGCCCUUGCGGACCUCUCGAGAGAACCUGGGCUGUGCUACCUUUCAAGGGAAGAUCUAUGCCGUCGGCGGGCGAGAUGACCUCACGGAGCUUUGCAGCGUUGAGCGAUUCGACCCACUUGCCAAUGAAUGGUCUCCCGUGAUGCCCAUGAAGUCAAAGAGGAGCAAGGUGAAUCUCGCUGUUGCUCAUGGCCGCCUCCUAGCCGUUGGGGGAUACGACGGCAUCGUCCACGUGACCACAGUUGAAGCGUUUGACGUGGAGCUCAACAUGUGGAGGCGCUUUGGCAACACGCAGACCCGGCACCCGGGCGGAGGCGUCGCUGCGGUCAAAACGGCCCCCUCCGGCCUGGAAACGUCUCUGUGGCUCCGGAGCAGAUGAUGCCUCCCCCUGACCCCAAAAUCAAUUCUGGACUCUGGUUUGGUGGGGCGAUUUAUCUAGGGCUGGGCAAACACAGGCUAUGUGGAAAGCUCCCUCCUUCUCCCCAUUCCUUGCUCACUGCCCUUUGUGAUCACAGCACCCUUGAUGAUAGGGUGCUUAUUUGGAGGGGGGAAAACUGACUUGGCAGGAAAGGUAAUGUAUAUUGCAUAUUGGCUUUGCCACUGUCGUAUUAAAUGAAACGUAGUCCUCCUUCCCACC